GACGCAGCUAGCGCGGCCUCGAUCCGCCGGGUGCGCUCGCGCUUAGGCGAUGGUCGAAAAGCGCUCUACGGCCGCUUUUCACCAAAAUUGUAGCAGAUCAAUGCGACCGAAACGGUAUCCAUGGUAUCCACUCGUCAAUGUAAGUGGCACCCCCGGGCGUACUGUCCAUAGUGUUAUUUUAUUAUCUCUUUGUAUCGGAAACUUCGUUUUACCGAAUUGCCAUGCACUCUCUCCGACGCGUUUGAAGUCUUAGACAGCAUGGCAUACUACCAGCCGAUGGUACACACACGCACACACACACACGUUAUUUGACAACUUGUCUCUGGAGCCAAAGUUCCUCGCAUAUAACUAUCUGCAUGCCUGCACGCAGUGUGUAUUGAACACGCACGACCACGAUCUAAUGAAUAUUCAUCGGCGAGACUGACGUCAUUUUACGAGUCUCCUUUCAAACUUGGAUCAAAAGUGCCUACCAUGUACAAAAUUGUCCCGAGAAUCCACUAACUCGUGAGGUCGUAGAUGCCGUGUUCACAUUCAAUAAUCCAGCUGUUUUGUGUGAUUUGUAUUCAUCCACUUCGAUGGAUCAUCAAAAUUUGAUAGCGGAGGGUGACAAUGUCAUACUGAAGAAAGAUAAAACCUUGAGAGUGUACAGAGCUCUUAAAAAAGAGAAAGCAGUUCUGGAGAAAAGGCAUUUUUCUCUUGCCCCCGUCAUUGGUCAUCCCUAUGGUUCUACAUGGGAGCUUCAGGGAAACAAUCUUGUACAAGUUCUUGAGAAGACAACAUCACAAGACUUGGCUCAACAGAUAGAUAAAGGAGGUGCUGAUAAUAGAGGUAUAUUUGGUGAUGAUUCUUCCCAAAAGCUUGAUAAAGAUGAUAUCAUGGAUCUCAAGGGACAAGGGAAGAGUGGACAGGAGAUAAUUGACCAAUUGAUUGAGAAUAGCUCUUCCUUCAAUGAGAGAACUGUAUAUUCCAAAGCAAAGUACCUCAAAAAGAAAAGAAACAAGCAUAUCCUGAGAUUUGUGGUACUUCGGCCGUGUACAAGACUCAUGUGCGAGAUGUAUUUCAACAGAGCACCAUCAAAAGUCAUACAAAUCCGCAUUGACACAAUGGCCCAGCUCCUGACAGCCGCCAAUGUACAAUCUGGAAUGAAAGUGAUGGUUUUAGAACACUGUCACGGUCUGCUGGUGGCAGCCAUCAUGGAAAGACUUGGAGGUAAAGGGACAGUUGUCCAUUUUCAUUCCGAAGACGGGCCUAUGAAUUCUGCACUCCAAGCUUUCAACUUUCCACAAGAAAGCAAAGAAAUGAUAAGGCCAUUCAAUCUCAGAGAUUUCCAUGAAAAACUCAUCCUAAAGAAACCAGUUGAGACGAUUAGUGCAGAAUCUAAAGAUCUGAAUACAAGCCAGAAAGAAGAUGAAGUAAUAAACAAAGGAUGUGAUCUUUCAGAGGAACCAGUUGCUAUGGAAACAGACUCAAACACAAACGAUAACCCAGAUGUUGUUGCUGGUCAAAAUAAUGCUGCAGAAUCAUCAGCCACACCAGAGAAAUCUAAGGACCUUACCGCCAACGAGACAGAAAACAAUGUAACCAAAAAAGAAUGUGAUCAUUUAAAAGAACCUGUUGCCUUGGUAACAGACUCUAGCAAAAACUGUUUACCAGAUUCUGUUACUGGUGAGAAUGAUGCAGUAAUAGCCAAACCAGAGGAAGGAAAUGGAGUUGUGUCAUUAGAUGCAGAAGAUCGCAUCACUGGAACCAGUGAAGGGGUUUCCAUAGCAACAGAUGCAGCUGAUAAGAAGCAAGAGGAGCAAACAUCAGGCGUCACUUUAUUACCUACAGACAAAGCACAGAAGAGAACAGCCAGGUUCAUGAAAUUUCUGGAUUCAGACGGUGAGACGAGAAGAGAAAGAAAAAGGCAGAAGCUUGAUCAAAUGGCAAAAACGACUGAGCUGCUGCUGGAGAAAAAUAUGGAUACGUUAUUGAUUGCAACAAAGUUCCACCCUGCCCCUAUUCUUUUAGCGCUCAUUGACCAUCUAGGUUUAUCAAGGCCUUUUGCUGUCUUCUCUCCCUAUAAAGAGGCUCUUGUAGAAUGUUAUGUGAAGCUUCGUGAGAUGGGAGGAGUUAUCAAUCUCAACAUAACAGAAACAUGGCAUAGAGAAUACCAAGUACUACCAGACAGGACACACCCCAUGAUUUCAAUGAACCAUGCAGGAGGAUACAUACUCACUGGGAUGCAUGUAGGAAAGUGAGAGAUGAGACGUUCACUGAUUGAAGACCUCAGUCAAGAUUGCAAGCAAAGCCUCCUUUUGAUUCGAUGCAGCUAAGAAGACUUAGCAAUACUUUUUUUUAAAACAUGUCGAGACAAAUAGCCCCAGUUCAUGUAUUGAAGGUGCAUUAUUUGCUUCAAGUUUUGAGAAUUGACCAGUUUUAUGGACAAUAUUAUUAGCGGGCUUUCGGCCUUUCGCAGAUGGUGACGGGAGCCUCUAAUGCAGGGAGGUCAGUCAACUGCGAUCGUACCCAAACAAACUUCCUGUCUCGGCCAAAUCUCAGUUUUGCAGUUGUGUAUACAAAACGCCAAUUUGUUUACAGAAAUUACAGCAUAAUAACACAUGAACUUUGCUAGCACUAUGCACAUACUUUUAUGCAUGCCAUGCAUGAAUCUUGUUUACUUUUUCGCACACAAUUGCAACAACAGCCCUGAUUGGCUAAUUCCAUGCCCAGGUAUCGUGGCCGAAUUGAACACUAGUUUGACUCAGUACUGUUGUACAUCUCGGCAGUACGGGGGAAUUUCUUGAGAUUGGGGUACCCCCUGCUGAGAUUUUUCCGGAUGAUCCAUUCCCGUCCUGUUUGCGAAAGCCAACUAUUGUGUCAUAAUUGAUUUUGUUAUACCAUGUCAGUUGCGGUAAAAAUCAUGAGCCAUUGAGCCACAACCCAUGAGAUAUCGUUUGUCUAUGUAACUAGGGACAGAGCCUGUAUUGCUCUAAUAUUUUUUAAAGAAUUUAUUCCUGAUGCAACUUUUUAAUAUGGGCAACAAACAAAAUCCUUCCUCUGCAGCCUUUUUACAUCUCAUUUUCAAUUGACUUUGUACACUAAUAUUGGUGAGCAUUGUUGAUUAGCUAUGUUGUGACAUGUCGGAAUGAUCCUCAAAUCUGCAUUUAAAGGGGUAAUUAAUCUGACUGGAGUAUCCAAGCACUUAACAGCAAGGUUGGAAUAGAGCUUGACAUACAAAAUUAAUUUUUUUAUCUUUGACUCUUUUAAAAAAAACAAAAAUAUUGCUUAAACUUGGUUGGUAUUUUUCAUUUAGAUGAUAUGAUUCUACUCAUUUUUUUCUCAUUUAUCCUACAAGACCAAUCAUUAUACUGUUUUUUUUUUUCAAAUUCAUUUGAGUAAUAAUGUUAUUGAAUAUUUGCACUAAAUUUCAGGAUGGGUUGAUUUUGUUUGUGUGAAUGAAUGCCCAGUUUCCUCUGAUUAAAGGUAUUGUUUAACUUUGUGAGCAGCCGAUUUAAAAAAUUCUCAAACCAAGAUGAAACAUGUGUACAAGUGCAUGUAUUAGAACUAAUAAACCCUGAAAACAACCAUUAUUGAGAGUGAAAAGCUAAAACUACAAGGCAAACCCCGAUUUUGUAAAUAGGCGUCUUAUAGACGCCUAAAUAGUACACAUAAGUGUAUGGGAUGAAAUUAAGAUGGUGUUUACGGUCACUUUAUAUUUCAAGUUUUGAAGCGCUAAAUAAUUAUUUUCGAACGCAAUUUUUCCGGGCUUCAUUUUUGUAACAUAUCACAGACACAGGUGACAAGUGUGACCUUCUAGCUCAGAUUUUUUAAAAGUCAAACCAAUGUUAACCAAUCACUUUAACCUUCCAAGAUCAUAUACUAUUUAGCAACAGUUUAUACCAACAUUGGUUAUUCUGAUAAAGUUCUAGAACCAGGUAUUGACCAAUUUUGAAUGAAGAGGAUUGAAUACCUAAGUAAAAUGAACACAUUUCUCUGGUUUAUCAUACAAGGCCGUGCACAACACUGCAUAUUCAGAAGAUUUGUUGUGAUUUGGAUUUGAAUAACAGCAGAAUGAUAAAAUUUGAGUUCUGCAGAUUUAAUGAAUAGUCCCACACAAUAAUUCUUCAAUUCUUUAGUGCAUAGCUGCAAUUAUAAUGACCGAAAAUUCUGGACAUCUUGAGUAGAGUUGUAUUGCUUGUUCUGGUACAAUGUUACUUUAAUAGUGAACAUAAUGUUUUGUACAAUAAAGCCAACAUAAGACCUUUCAUUAAGAGAUUUCUAUAUCUGAAAUGGAGUGUUAGAGGUUUUUACAAUAUAUUAUUGGUAUAAAAGAAAAAAUCGAAUUUCAAUGUAAUUUAUCCUAAAAGAAAAACUUGCAUAAGCCUACAUUUUAACAAGCUUUUUAUAAGAUUUGAGAAUUGUAAACUUUUUACUGAAACAAGAGUUUGACGAUGUUAAACCAACUUCUUGAAUAAAUUCAGAUAUAUACAGUACCAAAGCCCUAAGGUUAGGUUCAUGUACAAUAUGGUAUUUCUAAUUAAUAUCUGCAUCAAAUGUUUGCAUUUAUUUAGCAAAGAGUGGUUCAUGAAGAAACAGAACACUAUUUGAAUUUAAUCAAGAGUUGGAACUGGAGAUUUUAUAAUUUUUUUUAAAGUAAAUUUUGUGUUUUAUAUAUUCAUGACUGAAAAAAUACAUUUCAAAAGAGAAAUUGGUAAAAAUGCAUUAAAAAAGUAUUUUGACAAUUUAUGACAAAUAGAGAAUAGUUUAUCACCUGAUUUCAUAUCCUCUUAAUGACUAAAUAUAACUCAGGAACAAAGAUUACAAGGAAAGUACAAGGCUGUGUUUUUAUUGUUAAAUUGUAUGUCAUGUUCAGUUUAUUUUAUUCAAUAAUCUUCAUAUUGAUUAAGUUUUCAUCAAGUAAGUGAAGUUGAAAUACCCGGGUCCCAUUUCAUAAAAUGUUGCUACGAAAACAGCUCUUGCUGGAAUAUCAACUUUCAUUGGAAGAGCCAAGCAGGAAGUAUAGUUCUAAUUGUUGUCAUGGUAGUUGACAUUCCAGUAAGACUUGCUGUCAAAUCAACUUUUUAUGAAAUGGGGCCCAGAUCGCCUUGUAUAAUGACAAAAAAUAGAAUAAAUUGAGUUAUCACAAUAUCUGUUUACCUUAAUCAAAUUGGCAAGUCCAUUAUUAUUAAAUGAGGUUUUAAAAAAUGAAUAUAGAUUUUUCAAGGAAAUGUGUAUUGGCUAUGGAUAUGAUUUGUAGUGGACCUUCAAGUUUUUAUUCAAAAUUCAAUGUUCAUUUAUUCCAAGCAAAAUAGCAUUUAGAAAUUCCUAAUUAUUGUAUGCCUUUUCUAAAUCGUAACAAACAUGCAAAAUGUUGAAGAUCAGGCUCUAUCAGAGGUUAUUAAGUAUUAAUGAUAGGACAAAGCAGGAUGUACCUCCUGUUCCCAUGUACCUAAAGAAGAUGCAAAGAACUGGGUGACCUGCAGAACAAUUGUACAUAUGUUAACUGCAUUUGUCAAUAUUAAAAGGACUACAAUUUUAUGGAAAAUAUAUU